AUGUCGUUAACUAGAAUACGACGAGCUGUACAAACUCCCACUUUAAAUGCUGCAAGGUCUAUCCGAUGCAACUCUUCUACAGGAUUUUCAACCACUUUAAGAUAUUAUAGCUCGAAACAUUUUCUUGGAGGUAGUUUCGGAGUGACAUUGUCGAGAAAUGAGGCAUCGAGCGCUUUCGCCCGCUUGAAUGUUGGAGGCUUGUCAAAUGUUACGCUGAACAGACACACACCUCUCAACCCAUUUCUCUUGAUGCAAGCCAGAAACUACGCUGAAAAAGUUAUCCCGGUCCCGCCGAUGGCCGAAUCGAUUUCGGAAGGGACCCUCAAGGCGUGGAAUAAACAGGUCGGCGAUUUUGUUCAGACUGAUGAAGAAGUCGCGACCAUUGAAACGGAUAAGAUCGAUGUCACCGUCAACUCGCCCGUGUCGGGUACUAUAAUAGAACUGUAUGCCGAAGUUGACACUAAUGUGACUGUCGGAGCCGAUUUGUUCAAAGUUGAACUCGGAGAUGCUCCAGCAGAGGGCGCCGCCCCUCCCAAGAAAGAAAGCGCAUCCGCAGAAGCCCCUCCUGCGCAGGAAAAAAAACCUGAAAAACCAGACGUAAGCAAAAAGGAGGCGGAAUCGGCACCACCAGAAAUAAUUUUGAAAAAACACGGUAUCAAACUUGGUUUCAUGUCUGCAUUCGUGAAAGCAGCCGUGUAUGCAUUGCAAGAGGUUGCUGUGGUUAACGCAUCAAUUGAAGGGCCGGACGGAGGUGACACUAUUGUGUACAGAGAUUAUGUUGAUAUGAGUGUUGCAGUAGCGACACCAAAAGGACUGGUUACUCCUGUUGUGAGAAAUGCACAUUUGAUGUCCUUUAUCGAGAUUGAGAAGGCUAUAGCCGAGCUAGGACAAAAGGUGAGGCUUGGAAAGGGCAUAGAGUUGGAAGCAAGAUGGCUUAUAAUUGACCUGACAAUUAAAGAUUACACUGCUCGUGAUGGCAAGAUUACAAUUGAAGACAUGGCAGGAGGAACCUUUACCAUCUCCAAUGGAGGAGUAUUUGGAUCAUUGAUGGGUACCCCAAUCAUCAAUAUGCCACAGAGUGCAAUCUUAGGAAUGCACAUUACAAAGGAACGACCUGUAGCCAUUAAUGGGAAGGUUGAGAUUCGCCCAAUGAUGUAUAUUGCAUUAACUUAUGAUCAUCGUCUUAUUGAUGGCCGUGAGGCUGUUACAUUCCUGAAAACGGUGAAAGAACAAAUAGAAGAUCCACGUCGAUUGCUACUGGACGUGUGA